GCGCGCUUCGGGGAUCUUGGAGGCCAUUGGAUUCUUUAUUUUCUCCCUCUAAAACAGACAUCACCGUUACAUUCAUUGUAAAAAAAAAAUAAAAAUGUAAUGAUAAUUGUUUUGUUUAUUUGUUGUUGUUUAUAGAAACCCGCCGCCCGUUAGGGAGAGAUUUAGCGCUGCCGUCUCAAUUGGAGUAUUCCGAGGGUUUAUAAUGUCCGAUUUUACGCUUUGACUCUAUGCGGUGGCUUCAACUGUGGUGGCUUCCGUGCUGUGCGUUUGUUGCUUAGCGGCAUAGCCAGCUUAUCAGACCUACGGUGUGCACGGUUGUAUACCAGUUGUGUAUCUUAUCCGCAGCCUGCUGUACGGAGGUAGUACCACAGUGGGUAGUACCGUAGUACGGUACGGAGUACCUGCACCGCGCUGGUAGUGCUGGUAGUACUGUGGUGCUACCAAAGCUCCGUCAGUUGCCGGAGCCGCACGCUGGUUACGGCGCAAUGUAAACUGGGCCCGUGAAGAGUACCACGCGAAGGGAAAGAUGCUAAAGCUGGGUGAUACGUUCGAUUCGUUCGCCGACUGGAAAGCAGCGCUGGACGAGUUCUGCCGGGCGACCGACCAGGGCUUCAAGGUGUACACCUCCAAGUCGGUCAUGAGCUACAACAAGAAGCUGCAGGCGAGCAGACUCAAGUCCAAGACCAAGGUGUCGCCGACGGAUGAGCUGGACGAGAAGUGGCAGUUCGCCCACGUCCAGUACGUCUGCGUGCUGUCCAGGGGAAAGAACCGGCCCAGGGACGACGCCAAUGGCAAGCUGGUGUACAAGAAGUGCCAGGCAGGGAUCGGCAUCAAGUAUACGAAGCAGCUAGACAAGCUGCUCAUCAUCAAGAUCAACCUGGAGCACAACCACUCUGAUACGCCAGACGUGCCACCAGACGGCGGGGGAGAUCUCUCCCAGGAUGCUGCCGUUCAGGACGCUGCCAUGCAGGAUGCUGCCAUGCAGGACGCUACCAUGCAGGAUGCUGCCGUACAGGAUGCAACCAUGCAGGACGCUGCCGUGCAGGAUGCAGCAAUGCAGGAUGCGGCCACGCAGGACCCGGACGGGGAGCUGGCCAAUGACGCGGACUCGUCGACGACCAGCGACAGCGAGGAGGAUGACGACCCCGUGGGGGCUGGGGUGGGGGAAGAGUACCGGGCCCUGAGUGUGCGCCUGGCACGGGCACUCCCGCUUUCGCUGGGCCGGGAGGCAGAUGCGGGCGAGGUGGCGGCGCUCCUUGCAGAGCUGGAGAAGCUGGAGGCAUCGGAUGCAGACGCGGCGGUGUCUAUUGUGGUGAACCAGGGCAAUGUGGUGACGGCGGUGCUGUUCCAGACAGGUCCCAUGCGGCGCUCAUUCCGGCAGUUCCCGGAGCUUCUGCUGCUGGACACGGGCUACGCCUUUGCCAUGGCCGGGGGAUUUUCCCUGGUGUCCCUGAGCGGCCACGAUGCCUCCGGCCUAGGCUGCCCUUUUGCCUUUGCGGUGCUCACGCGCCCCAUCCGCAUGGUGCUGGGCCUGCUGCUCAGCGUCUUUGCCAGUGCCAACCCCUGCGCGUCCCAGGUGCGGGUCGUCCUGUUGGGCAAGGAGCAGCUGCGGCUCCGGGGCCUGGGACACUACUUCGAGAAGGCCGACACCACCCUGCUGUGCCACUACCACGUCAUCAGGUCCCUGCUGUCCAAGAUGGAGCAGCUAAAGCUGAGCGGGCCUGAGCAGGAGCGGCUGUGCCGUACCCUGCGGGCCAUGCUGGCCUGCCUGCACGAGCGCAGCUACAGUGACAACCUGAAGCGGCUGGAGCAGAUGGACGCCCGCUUUGGGCGCCACUUCCGCCGGGCCUGGCACGAGCGGCGGGACCUGUGGGCGGGCUUUCGUCGGGGGGGCAUCGUACCCUGGUGCCAGGGGGUCAACGACCGCAUCGAGGCGCUCGUCCAGUUCCUCCAGGCGGUGUGCGGCCAGUCGCGCAGCCUGUGCGAGGUGGUGUGCAACCUGGCGUAUGGCGCGCACGGGGUGCUGGCCCGCACCUCGACGGACGCUAUGCUGGACGAGAUCCGGGAGUACAACGUGCACCUGCUCCAGCACGAGGCCCGGCUGUUGGCGGCCUGCUGCGACUACGCCGCCCUGCACGUCCUUGUCCAGCUCCGCAUCUCCCGCAGCCACAAGUUCUCCGCUGUGCAGACGGACCAGUGCUACGUGGUGAACUCCGCGGCCGGGCGCGGCGUGGUUGGCCCCGGCAGCUACACCUGCACCUGCGCGUUCCGGCAGACGUACGGGCUGCCCUGCGUUCACGCCUUUGUGCUGGCCCACGCCCGGGGCACUACCAUUCCCCUGGAGGCGGUGGACCAACGCUGGCGCAGGUGCGGCCCCUUCCCCGUGGACCUCGGCCGGGCGGCCUCGGGCCCGGACGGCGGCGGGGCAGAGGAGGCCCAGGCAGAGCACCGGGAGCGCCUCUCGAGGGUGCGGGACCUGGUGGACUCGCUCACCUCCCUGGUGGUCACCAGUCCCCCCGACGACUUUGCCCACAUGGCCGCCCUGCUCGGGGAGCUGUACCGCACCUGGGCCCAGGACACCCGCCUGCAGGUCUCCCUCUGUCCCAAAGUCAAGGAGGAGCUCCUGGACCUGGACCUCUCGCACAAGGACGUGGCGUCAGGUCUGGAGGGCAGCCACGCCGUGCUGUCGGACGAUGACGCCGACAUGGUGCGGGACGGCAUCGACGUGUUUGCAGGGUCGGAGAAGCGCGAGGAGCCCCCCGCGCCCCUGGUCAAGCUGCCGGACGAGGCGGUGUUCGGCUUCUCGGGGGGCAUGUUCAAGGAGGAGGGGGCGAGGGGUGGGGAGGAGGUGUAUGGCCUGCACUCGGGGGACCUGGCCUGCUUCACCACCUCCAUCGGCACCAACGCGGGACCCGGCCCAGGGGACGGGCGCCACCUGGGCGACCUCUUCGGCUACGGCUCGGCCGCCGACUUCCCCAGGGGCCGGGACAGCCCCGUCCUGCUCAGCAUUAAGGACGACGAGCUCGGAGACGGUUCCAAGGAAGUGGCCCGCAUCAAAUGGGACAACGAGGAGAGCUACAAGCUUCUGGACAGCAUCAUGGAGGCGGAGGGCUCGGAGAAGCUCGACUGCGUGGCCGACGACAUGAUGGCCGCCGGGUCCGGCCAGCGGCUGCAGGCUGACGUGGAAGGCUCGCUGCUCCAUGAUGCCAAGGACGCCGGCGAGCCCGCCCAGUGAACGGGCCCUCCCGCGGACUUGGCCGAGCGGGUUCCUCGAGGAUUUGAGUCCCCAGACGAGCAACAACCUCAAGAGGGCAGCCGUUUUCCGGGCUUGCCCCCGGGCAGAGGCUCCGACGGUCUCCCGUGGUUGGAGCCACAGGCUGCCCUGCUUGCUCUGGGUCGUCUAGAUUGCUGCUCGACACUUUGUGCGUACGUUUUGUGUAAUCGACCGUGUGCGUCUCGAAGCCGUGGCUUUGCCCACAAACCUGCCGGUCGGCUCUGUGCCGUCACGCUCCAUCUUGUACAUUUCCCGUGCCAUGCAUCCUUCGCCGUAGGCUUCCCAUUCGGCGGUGGCUGCCGACUACACCAAAUCCAACCUCGACGGGCACCGCAGCAAAGGUUAGAAGUCAAAGCUCGAAGCUUAGGUAGUCGCUCCCGCCGGUCCAAAGUUUGCGCGCCCUCGAGCGAGGAACUUCGGCUCGUAGCCUUUGCCCUGGCAGAUCUUAGAGCCCGUAAUGUGCAAUUUAAACUGGUUACGGUUAAUGCCGGUCUUUUAAAACCAGUUGCACUUAUUCUGGAGCGAGUUCGUCGGCGCCACCGUGUUUGGGUUGUCUUCGUGCGACGAGUUCCAAUUGCGUGGUGGACAAAGCUCUCGAUUGUGAGAUUAGACGUGCGCGAUGCUGCUCACCUGGGUCCCAAGACGGAAAGACGAGAAUAAAAGAGACCUCUCCCUUCUCAUUUCCCUGCUGUGCGAUGCCUACAGUGUGAGGGAAGGUACAAACCACAUUUUACAGAAGUGCGCAUCGCUUGCAAACAGUCGCGGGCUACUGCUCUCAAGUGUCACCAGAACCCUCACGCCCCAUCCCAACACCAAAACUGUCAUUCCAAAAGAACCUACAGUUGUGACAAGAGUGGUCCUCCAUUUUUUGUCGUUGGGCGGCCUCGCACCACACUUGUGAAUGUUUCCUCUCACUUGUGCCCCCCUUUGGAGUCCCAUUCUGAACAAUAAACUCGCAGGUUGAUCCGUUCUCCGGGAUUCGGCGCAUGGUUAAUUGGGUUUUUGACCCGUUUUUUUGCUAUGCACGUCUCUUUGUUGGUUAACCUUUUUUUAAGCUAGUGUAGGCAGGUACGGCUGUAGACGAUGGUAAUCCUUUCUACGAAUUAGUUUGGUCGUUUUGCUGCCGUACCUGGCUGAAAUUAGCAACGAACAUGACCAAAUGCGUCGCAAGCUGUUUGCAAAAAUAAGUGCAACCUAGAGAUAACGCUACUGUUGCACUGUCAUCAUCAUCAUUUAGGGGGGGGGGGGGGGGGGGUAGAAGCAUGACCGCCUCAUAGGUUCUCCACAUUCGCGCGCGAGACUGUGUAGAGUCUUGCGGUUAUUUUGUCACGUACUAUCGGCGGGAAAACAAUUUUAGCGGAAAAUGGUGCGGUACUGUUCGGUGCUUCAGUGAAGAUUGAAUGUGUUUCCAGCGUACGGCCUAAGUUUAAAUAAUCGCUCGUGUGGACGCGCAGCUCGCUCUAGGCGGACUUUGGGAAGCAUGGGCCACCACGACAGGUGCCUGUGUCCGUGUGAACUGCACUAAUUUAUGUUAAAUAUUUUUUUGGUUCACCUUUGUGGGAAUUUUGCAAAACGAUGAAUUGCAACCCUUAUAACAUAAUACUGGUACUGUGAAAUCGCAGGUUCCAUGCAUUGCUUUUGUCGAAACUUUUAGCUUUUGCAGUAAUAUACGUAUUUCGCAUGAAGAGAAGUUAGUGCUGUAUUUGAGGUUGACAUGCUAUUGAGUUUCGCUGCAGGAAAUGUUUCCCUUUACUGUGCCAUGGUGUGGGCAAGUUCUUCGAAAUCGGAGCAAUUGUACUACGUUGCGAUGAGGAGAGUAGUUAUGAUCCACAAACUGUUCGUUGGCAGGACAACUGAGACAAGUGAAACAAACUGUUCCAAUAUAUCUGCUGCGAGUGGAAUAAACGAGUGUAAUUGAGUGCAGCAGCGUGCGUGCUAUUAGAUGCUCUCAUCGGUAGUGGAUGUUUACCCGCUUCGAUUUUCUCUGUGAGGACUGCGGAUGUCAAGAGAAUAAUAUCAUAAAUUUCUGGCUAAAUAAUUUUCGAUUCAAACAUAGUUGACUCUGCAACUCCAAGGAACAAUCUGCACAAACGUCAUCGGCCACAGCGACAGUCUUUUACUGAUGAGGGCUAGCAGCUCUCGCGAGACGUUCUGUUCGCCCUUCGUCCUCACCUAACACACAUCGGGACUGUGCAGCUCAUCAAUUAACCUUCAGAUUAUUCUAGUGCUUUAAUUGCAAUAUUUUUUUUUGCCAUUUAAUCGGAGUGUUGUGCUGGAGAAAGUAAAGAAAAAGUAAAAACUGCCUGCUUUAAUA